AUGCACACGUUUAAUGCAGUAAGUCACAUUGGACGAAAAAGAACUCGUAGCAAUAGUAUGAACAAAUGUGAACAAACACAGAAAACCCCACGAUUAUUGAGCCCACAACACCAAAGAAGUUUUCCUCCAUCUUUAUCAAUUUGUAACGAGAGACGUUAUAGUCGAUCAAAUUCUAUUGGUGAUUUAAGUUGUAGGACUCAAUUAUUGGCAGUACAGGAUUCCAGAUAUUCAGAACCGAUGGAUUGUGAUAUACCACCCUGUGAAUUUGAAAACUUUGAUUAUGAUAUGAAUUCAAAAAUAUUCAUUAUUCUUCAAUUUUUAGAACCAAUCAGUUGA